AUAAUGCAGCUCAUAUUAUGUAAUGCACGUGCUUAUAUUUCCUGUUUCAGAUUCUGUUUGGAGAUGAUGGCUUCAUGUACCUUUUUAUUGGAGAUGGUGGGAAAGCGGGUGACCCACUAAAUUCCGGACAAGACAUGUUCUCGUUGCUCGGAAAAGUUGUUCGCAUUGACGUGGGCCGUGCUGACAUAGUUCGACAACGGGAGUACAGCAUUCCACCAGACAACCCGUUUGCUGAUGGAAUCAAAGGUCUUCCAGAGAUUUAUGCCUACGGAAUAAGGAACAUUUGGCGCUGCGGCAAAGAUCGUGGUGAUGCAGUCACAGGUGAAGGCAAAGGUCGAAUACUCUGUGGUGAUGUGGGACAGAGUAAUCGAGAAGAGAUCAAUCUUAUUGAGAAGGGUGCUAACUUUGGCUGGAAAAUCAAGGAAGGCAAUGCAGACUACUGCAAAAAGUGUAAAUCAGCAUUCCUCAAUGAGACCCUUACCGCCCCAAUCUAUGACUAUGGGCAUCGUGUGGGUAAGUCAGUGACAGGCGGACACUUCUACAGGGGAUGUCAGAGCCCCAAUCUCAAUGGCUUCUACAUCUACGGAGAUUUCAUGAGUGGUCGGUUGUUCCGUCUGCUGCAUCGCCCGGGCAACAACACCUGGCACAACAAGGAGAUAAAGAUGUGUGGGGCAGACUACUGCAGACCUCCCCUUGUCAACGACUACUCAACCAGCAUCAUCUCAUUUGGGGAGGAUGAGGACGGAGAGAUGUACAUGUUGUCCACAAGUUUCGCCAGUCCCACUUCUGCAUCCGGUACUGUGUACAGAAUUGUGGACCCCCAUCGACGAGGGUAA